GUGAACGCACCGCUCGCAGGCACCGUGUUUGUUUUGUUCAAACUAUAAAAUAGCAGUAAAAACCUAAAAACCGGAAGUAUCUUUGAACAUACAUGAAGGAACAAGAAGGUUUUCAUUUGCUGUUUUUGUCUCUGUCGGAGCAGCAGGUUUUUCUCGUCUAAAUGUGAGCUGGAGCUGCGUCCGCCCUCGACAUGUUUUCACAUCAGAAACCCCACCUGUCACACCUGCUCCUCACAGUCCUGCUGCUCCACGGUUGGACGACAGAAGCAGCUCAGAACGGGUCAGAGGUAGAGGCGCCGCCCAGCGACCCCUCCAUCGUGGCGAGGGAGGGAUCCAACACACUGAUCGAGUGUAACGUGACCGGAGGCCACGAUGAUGUGAAGUGGUACAACUCUAAAGGACAACUGCUGGGUGAGCCAGCAGGUGGGAAGUGGGAGAUUCAGGAGAACGGCGUCCUGAACAUCAGUGUGGUCUCCUUUGAGGAUCGUGGUCGCUACACCUGCGUCGCCUCCAAUGGCACCAAAAACUACACCGUCACGGUGCGUGUCGCCUACACCGACAGCGGCCUGGGGUUGUACUAUGUCAUCGUCUGCCUGGUGGCCUUCGCCAUCACCAUGAUCCUGAACGUGGCGCGGCUCUGCAUGGUCAGCAGCCACCUGAAGAAGACGGAGCGGGCCAUCAACGAGUUCUUCCGCACCGAGGGCGCGGAGAAGCUGCAGAAGGCCUUCGAGGUCGCCAAGCGCAUUCCCAUCAUCACGUCGGCCAAGACGCUGGAGCUCGCCAAGGUCACGCAGUUCAAGACCAUGGAGUUCGCCCGGCACAUGGAGGAGCUGGCACGCAGCGUCCCUCUGCCGCCGCUCAUCCUGAACUGCCGCACGGCCGCGGAGGAGACCGUGGAGACGCCGUCUGACCCCGCAGAGCCAGCCAGGAAGGCGAUGUCCGGUAACCGACACGCUAUAGGCCCGCCCUCCUCUGACAGAGACGGAGAGGAGGAGGAGGAGGUGUGCCGGGCGCUGCUGUCAAGUGAAAGUCGAGGGAAGGGUGGCGGCGGUGUGGACGUCAAAGUGUCAGUCCACACUGUGUCUGAGGAGGCGGAGCUCAGACCAGGCUCAUGCACAAGUGCGUCCUACGAGAGCAGCAUGUAGCGUCUGAAGAAACCUUGUCUGAAGUGUCGGGUGAGAGAUGAAGAAAUCAGACUUAAGAUUCUGCUUAUCGAUGUUGAACCUGUUGAAUAUUGUCAUAAGAAAAGCAACGAAGCCAAAACAUGUUGAAUUUAAAACCCAGAUUUAUUUAAGGCGACAAAUUUACACUUAAAAAAAAAGGUUCCAUAUUUUCUUCUUCUUCUGUGUUUUAUUUGAAGGGUUGAUCCA